GCGCAAGCGCACGCCGACGCCAUGACAGCCGCGCGCGAUUCCAAAUUCAAAUCCGACCGACCGAUUUAAGAACAGUGAAUUUAUUAAUUAAUUUUCUUGAAUUUAUUUUAUUUGAAUUAAUUUAAAAUGGUCGAGUGCGACUCUGUUUGAUUUGUGUUUGUUUUCGCGUGAACCAUGCAUUGGAGGUGACACGAUGGGGUUCAAAUGGUCUAUGGUACAACUAGUGCUGUUCCUGGCCUGGGCGUUGCAAUACUGUACCUUUGGGAGCCCGUUGCUAUGGUACUUCUUGGCCACUUGCCUGGGCGUUGCUUGUACCCUGGCCCUCACUACGUAUGACCACGACUACUGGGCAACACGGGGGGUCUUUGCCCCCCCAGCGUGGCCCCUAGUAGGCCACAUCGCAUCCGUGGUCACCUUUAAGGAGCAAGGCGGAUUGUGCUUCAAAAGGAUCUAUGAUACGUAUAAGAAUGAAAGGUUUUUGGGCACGCACCAGUUCUACCAGCGCACCCUGGUGAUCCGCGACCCGGAGCUGAUCAAGCGAGUGUGCGUCAACGAUUUCCAAUACUUCGUGGACCGAGGGUUCUUUUUCAACAAGAAGGUGGACCCGCUGGCGGGGUCCGUGCUGUUCCUCCGGGGAAACGAGUGGAGGAAGCUUCGGGCUAAAAUAUCCCCGAUAUUCUCGCCAAACAAGCUCCGAGGAAUGUUCCCGCUCAUCGAAGACACUGCGAAGGAGUUCGUUCUCAGGGUUCGCAAGCUGAUCUCACAGAGCAAGAGCCCUGAGGAUGACAACAACAACAACCCUGAGAGAUCCGUGAUGGUGGAUUCUGAGAAAUUGGUGGGCGGUUACACAGCAGAUGCUAUAGUGCCGUGUGCUUUCGGCCUGAAAAGUAACGUUAUGGAUAACGAAAAGGAUCCGUUCGCAGUUGCUCUUCACGCCUUCUAUGAGAUGUCGUUGUUUAAUAUUUUUGAAAAGACAAUGCGUCAAUUCUGGCCAGCUUUCGUGUUGUUCUUUAGAAUGAGAAUAAUACCGAAGAGGACCCACGACUUUUUCUACAAUAUUGUCACGAGUGUGCUGCGAGCCAGAGAGAAUGGCACUCAGGAGAAGCGAGGAGACUUCAUCGACAUGAUGAUGUCACUCCGAGACGAGAAGACCGGCAAGUCAGCUGAUGACAAUGAUGUUGAAAUUACGGACGUGGUGAUCUCAGCCAAUGCCUUCAUCAUCUUCCUGGGUGGUUUCGAAACAACCUCAUCGACCCUGGCGUUCCUUCUGCUGGAGCUCGCGGCUAACCCUCACGUCCAGGAGAAGAUGAGAGCAGAGAUCCUCCAGGUCUUGGAGAAGAAUGACGGGAACGUCACUUAUGAAAUGCUGCAAGAGUUAACCUAUAUGGAGAUGGUUAUACAAGAGACGUUACGCUUGUACCCGCCCUUCCCGAGCAUUCAGCGGAUGUGUACGAAGGACUACCAGAUCCCUGGGUCGAAAGUGACCGUGGAGCGAGGCACCAUCGUCCUCUUCCCCACGCUGGGGAUACAGCGCGAUGAGCAGUACUUCGAGAGUGCGGGUCAGUUCGUGCCGGAGCGCUGGGCGGAGGGCCGGCCUGCGCCCCCGCCAGGCGUCUACAUGCCCUUCGGAGACGGGCCUCGCUACUGUAUUGGCAAGCGUUUCGCGAUGAUCCAGAUGAAGUGCUGCCUGGUGCGCGUGCUGCAGGCGGUGCGCGUGCGCAUGGCACACGACGCGCCUGCGCGCGACGAGCCGUUCCCCGCCGACCCGCGCUUCCCGCUCACCCUUCACCCCGUUGACUCCCGACUCCGCAUCAGCUUGUUAUGAUACCCUCUGUUGUGUAAUUAAUUAUAUCAUACUAACGGUUACCCGCGACUUCGGUCGCAUGAAACCCUACUAUUAAAACUAUAGAAGUUUCAUGCAAACAGACAUCCCUUUUCAUCCCCUUAGGGGCUGAAUUUCUCAAAAUCCCGUCUUACCUAAACUGAAGAUUUGAUAGGUCUGGUUUUUAACAGAAGUCGCGCCUAUCUGGCCUUCCAAUAUAUCACAUAUCUUCCAAACCUUUCUCAGAAAUGCAGGCUUCCUGACGAUGUUUUCCUUCACUGCUAAGCACGUGAUAAUCAUUUAUGAUCCGAAUAUGAAAUCCAUAACAAAUUCGAAAAUCCCGAAUGGUUUAGGCCCGUGCUGGGAUUCAAACUUGCGACUGCAAAGAGAGUCAAGGGUUCAUCAACUGGGCUACCCCGGUUUUUUCAAUUCCAUAAGAAAACAUUACAAAAUUCUACUUUUUACAUAAGACAGGUAAACCACUGUCUUCAUACUACAAGUCGUCUUCUGAUUACUUGUAGCUCUGCCUACCCUAUUACGGUUUACGAGCGUGACUUUCACCCUAAGGUUGCCUAGAAGAAAUUUCUGUUUAGCAAUAAUGCCUCCGUACCUCUUUUAUCUUUUAAUGUCUUUGUCUAAUUUGUCCAAUAAGUGUUAUUUACAAAAAAGUCAAUUAAUUGACAUUACACACAUACUGAGGAGCUCGGUGGCGCAGCGGUUAACGCGCUCGGUCUGCGAUUGUUGAAGUAAAGCAACUUUCGCAAAGGCCGGUCAUAGGAUGGGUGACCACAAAAAAAAAGUUUUCAUCUCGAGCUCCUCCGUGCUUCGGAAGGCACGUUAAGCCGUUGGUCCCGGCUGCAUUAGCAGUCGUUAAUAACCAUCAAUCCGCACUGGGCCCGCGUGAUGGUUUAAGCCUGAUCUCCCUAUCCAUCCAUAGGGAAGGCCCGUGCCCCAGCAGUGGGGACGUUAAUGGGCUGAUGAUGAUGACACACAUAUUAUGUAUUCCAGCAAAACUUUAUAACAUUACAUAACCUAAGCUCACGACUAUAUCCCAAUUGGGGUAGUCAGAGGUACAUCCAUCGCAAGAUGAACUGAGUACCCACAUCACCGAGCUUUCUGUUAGACCAACGUGAUAGAUGGUGAGCCGUAUCGCCGCCUGUAAUGACUAAACUUUACUAUCAUUACCAACUCCCUUUCCUAACCAAGAGUUACCAAAAGAAAUGGUCAAUGGUUUACACAUGUUGACCAUCUGUGAACGUAAACAAAAGAUGGCCGACGUCUACAAUAAGACAAAAGGCCAUAUUGCUCAAUAUUGUCUUGCGGGCGGGACGAAUUUCAAUGGAAUGCUGCAUUUGCAAGCUAUUUCUAUGAAUUUAUUACGAGUACUUCUGCUUCAUGAUUUGUCACAGUUAUUUUAUCGAUUCUGACGAUAUAAUUAUGUUGUUUUGUCUAUUGGUGCUAAUAUGUGAACCCAAAAUAAGUCAUGUCGUUUUGUCAAAAUACCAACAAAAUGACGUGCCACGCAUGUUACAGAAAAAACAACCUUACCGAUUUUGACAAAAUGUAUUGAAUCGAUCGAUAAUAUUAUCACGUUGCGUAUGAUAGCCCUGCUAGCCCUCCUUGACAUAAAAACUGGAUCCGCUCCUCUAUUUCUCUCUCUUUAUUUAAGAGCUGUGCUCUUGUCAGAGGAGUAAUCGCCUCCAUUUUCAUUACUCCAUAGAUAAGGCGUGUAGAACGGUGGUUGCCCCUUACUUAAUAAAUAAUAAAUAAUGCUGUAAAUUGCUUCAGACUACAAAUAUUGAUUAAGUAGUAAUGAUUAAAAUAAACUUUAGCGUGUAACUUUAGCAAUUAAUAAGUAUUAUAGAUGUAUUAAAGUGUUCUCCAAAUAUAAUUUGUA